GCAAUACGCCUCCGUCCGUGUUAAUAUAAGGGCGCUGAAGUCGAUACUUCUGUAAUUCACGGGUUAAUCUUUUUACUUGCAAUUCAUGGUAGAGACUUAUUUUUCUCCAAUUUAGAAUAUCCCCUAUAAGAUUUCAGGAGAAUAAUGCAUUGCGACCUCCCACAGCUUUAUCUGUCCUGUGUAAUUCUGAGCCUUGUUAAGGUCUGUAGUAGCUUAGAGGCACAAGAAGAAACCUCGGUCAGUGACCAUGAUAUCGUGAGAAGACAGGCAACACUAAGUAAUAGUUAUGGUGACGAGCUACCAGGACUGGAUCUGGAUCCAAAGAGAAACAAUAAUUGGGAUCGACUCCCUGCCUGGGGGAAAAGACAAAGUAAACGCAGAUGGUCUUCCUUUAGUACCUGGGGAAAAAGAGGUUGGUUGGACAGGCUGAUGAGUGCAAACAAUAACUGGGGCAAGCGAUGGAAUUCCAUGUCUAAUUCAUGGGGAAAACGCCAAAGUCCCGUGGAAUACGACGGUUUAAGCGAUGAAUAUAUUAACAUAAAGAAAAGAUCUGUCAAUCCCAGAAGCAAACGAUCAAUAUCGUCCAACGUAGCUUCCGACAAAACUGAAGAAAAACGAAGAUGGUCUUCACUAUCAGCAUGGGGAAAACGUAGCGACGACGCCGAGAAGAGGAGAUGGUCAUCGCUCUCCGCUUGGGGAAAAAGAAAUAAUCCUGAGAGUUUAAAUAGCCUGAAUAGUGAAGAUAUUGCAAAACGAAAGUGGUCUAGUUUCGCGUCCUGGGGAAAACGUGGACUCCCUGCUAAUAUUUCUAAAAGACUUAACUCCUACUGGCGACAACGUCUCCUGCAAGAUAGUGGCCCAUGGAUGGAACGACGAGGCUGGAAUGCUCUGACGUCAUGGGGGAAACGGUCCACAAAUUAAAAGUAUCAGCAUAAUAGGCGGCUUUUUUCAUUUUCAAGAUACUGUUUUCCUGGCAAAUAAAUUUUUCUUCGAUAUGAAUUGGUCUCUACUUUGGUUCUCUACUCUUCCUUGAUCUCCAUUGUAUGAUUACAUGUUUUCUAAACGUUCACUCUGAAACUAAAUCGUAUAUUAAAACACUUGUUUUGUACACAGAUUAUUGAGUAUAUUUUUAUAUCAUCACUUUAGUUCAUGAUCAAGUGAUAUUGUUGAAAAUAUUAUGCUGAAAAAUAUAUGUACUUCUUAUCAAAA